AAAAAACAGUUGAAUGGUCUGGAUCGAUUUUGGCGUUUCACUCUCCAACUCUGUAUGGAUCGUUUGUCAAUAGUCGUUAUGGCAACCGCGAUUCGGCUAUAGCUAUUUGUAGUAUUGUUAUGGUUGUCGUCGUUGAAAGUGGUACCUACAACCAUAACCAAAUCCAUCGAUCCAUCCAUCCAUCCGAAUCAAUGUGUUGAGUAAUGUUUCGAUACAUAUUCAUCAUUGCCGUCAUAUCGAUUGUGGCCGUCGUCUUUAACCAACGAUAUAAUAAUCAGAAACAAGAACGACGUCGGAUGGCCGCUAUUCCGUAUGAAACACCAUCAACGUUGGUCAUGAUUGACAAUGGUAAUGGUGAUGAAAAAGGCAGUAGUAUUGACAGUAUGGCCAUUCAAUCUAAACCACUCAUAACGGCCAACGAUGAUGAUGAUGGUGCCAACGAAUUGGAUGAUUAUUGUCACACCAUUUGCCAGCUACAUCAAUGUCAAACGGGCCGCGAAGAUUUGUAUAAAGAGAAUCAAUGCGUUUGCUAUAAAGAUGGUGGUGGUGAACAACGGUGUGAGAUUUAAUUGAUGUAUAUGAGUGUUGUAUUUGUGGAUACAAUAAAAAAAACAAUUG